AUGACCUAUGGCACUCCGUACCUCCUCCAACUCGGUCUCACGAAAUCCAAGACGUCGCUGGUAUGGAUCGCCGGACCACUGUCGGGGUUGAUCAUGCAACCCAUAGUCGGGGCCUAUGCGGACAAAUCGACUUCAAGAUAUGGCAGACGCAGACCAUAUAUGAUUAUUGGCGCGCUCAUUACCGGCCUCGGCCUCUUGCUGCUGGGCUGGACCUCUGAAGCCGUGGGAUUGUUCAUUGCGGAAGGGGAGACCAAGAAAAGUGUCACAAUCCUAGUCGCGGUACUCUGUAUCUACGCUCUCGAUUUCUCGGUCAAUGCGGUCCAAGCCUGCAGUCGAAGUCUCAUUGUCGAUACACUGCCAAUCUCACAGCAGCAAGCAGGGUCGGCAUGGGCAUCCCGGCUCACUGCGGCUGGACACCUGCUAGGAUAUUUCAUCGGCACCUUUGACCUAGUGAAGAUAUUCCCACCUUGGCUAGGAGGAGACACGCAGUUCAAGAAAAUGACAGUCAUCUCGGCGCUGGCACUCUGGGGCACGGUCGGCGUGACUUCGUGGGCUGUUACAGAGAGAGUAAGGCUGCCAGGAGACAAUGACGAGACUUCCAUCAAGGACGUUCUUGCGAACCUGUGGCAGAGAACCACGCAUCUUCCGCCUCGAAUCAAGGCCAUUUGUUGGGUACAGUUCUGGAAUUGGGUGGGAUGGUUUCCAUUCCUCUUCUACUCGAGUACGUUUGUGGGAGAGGUGUAUUAUCGGUACGAACACCCAGCGCCUGAGCCCGGCGAGAAAGACGAGCACGAUGCCCUGGGAAACAUUGGCAGACUCGGGAGUGUGUCACUGGUACUCUUUUCAUUGAUCACCUUCUGCUCGUCCGUGAUACUGCCCUACAUCAUCCGAACCCCGGACGCAGCAGCAGAAAAGUUCACUCCUCGCCCGCCUCGAGCAUUGACGAAAACCGCCCAGAUCCUCCUGAUGAAGGCAUAUACUCUCCAACCCGACUUGACCUCUGCAUGGAUGUGGUCGAAUUUGCUGUUUGCCAUGAUCACAAUUUGCGCACCUUGGGUCCACAGUCUGGCCUCUGCGACCGCCCUUGUUGCUUCGUGCGGCGUUCCCUGGGCGGUUUCAUGCUGGGCUCCAUUUGGGCUGCUCGGAGUUGAAAUCAACAAGAUCUCCGCGGGUCCUCAUGCGCAGCUACACGGUCCCACUGCUCCGGGCUACACCGCUGUCCGCGGUAGCAUCGAAGAAGGAGAUGAAGACAUUGAGAUGGAGGAGGCACUGCAAAGACGCCGUGGGCUUUCCGAAGGGGUUCUCAUGAUCAAUCAUCCCAGUGAUCAUGGAGCACAUUCAUCGACUGGAGAGCUUGCAGGCGUCUACCUGGGCGUGUUGAAUGUCUAUACGACAUUGCCUCAAUUUGUCGGCACAUUCCUCAGCUGGAUCAUUUUCACACUUCUUGAGCCGAACAAGGAUGAUGUCGUGGCUGACGAGGAUCCUGACCACCAUCGCUGGUUAAGUCUGAAGAAGAAUGCGCCCAACGCGAUUGCUAUCUGUUUGUUCGUCGGCGCAAUCUGCUCAAUCAUCGCAGCAGAAGCCGCCAGGAGACUGAGAAGGAUGACUUGA